AGUGGAUGUUUCCUUUCUACUUCCGGAACAAACAAAUGCACGUUGUGAAAUAAGUGAACCUGUUUUACGGUGUUUCUUUGAUCUGUGAUCACACACAAAUAUUUCACAACUAUUUAUAAAUUUCAUCGGAACCAAAUUCCAUCAUGAACGAUUCGAAGGACGGCGAAUUUGUCUCUGUGAAAUCUAAGUCCAGAAAGCGGAAGAUGCAAGCAAUGACCACUGACACUGCUGACACCGACUCCCCUGCUGCAAGCAGUCACCCCAGUGAAGGGGCAGAGAUGGACACCACUGACAGCCAACCUACAGCAGUGAAAAGACCUAACUUCCCACCGAUUAGUGGGAACUUGUUAAAAGGUGGUAAAACAGAGUUUCGGAAAGUUCCAGUUCCACAAAACAGAUACGGGCCCUUGAAAGAAAACUGGAUGAAAAUAUUCACACCAGUUGUAGAACAUCUACACUUGCAAAUAAGGUUUAAUUUGAAGACAAAAAAUGUGGAAAUAAAGACCUGCAAAGACACCAAGGAUAUAGGAGCGUUACAAAAGGCAGCAGACUUCGUUAGGGCUUUCACUCUGGGGUUUGAAGUUGAGGAUGCCCUUGCCUUAGUCAGACUAGAUGACCUCUACCUGGAGUCUUUCAAGGUCACAGAUGUGAAGCCUUUGAAAGGAGACCACUUGUCUAGGGCAAUAGGACGAGUUGCUGGUCACAAUGGAAAAACAAAGUUCACUAUAGAAAAUGUCACCAAAACACGCAUAGUCCUGGCUGACUGUUCCCUCCACAUCCUGGGCUCUUUCCAGAACAUACGAGUAGCAAGAACAGCCUUGUGCAAUCUUAUUCUUGGAAGCCCUCCCUCCAAGGUGUAUGGAACCAUGCGGAGGAUUGCUGCCAGAGUCACGGAGAGCUUUUGACUGCCUUGUUCUUGUUAUUUGCUUGAUAAAAGAUAAACCUGA